GGGCUGGUGCUGCGGAGCGCUGCCCGGGGCCGGUCUGCGCCAUCGCUGCGAGAUGGAUUUAAGGCACCAGCUGGAGCUGUUCCCUGACUGCAGCGUGACUCUCCUCCUCUUUAACCACGUGAAAAAUGCCGCUGCUCUAAGAAAAAAAGCCAUGGAAGGAUCCAUUGAAGGAGCAUUAAUAAACCCUGCAAUGAUUGUAGAUCCUUUUCAAAUUCUUGUGGCAGCCAACAAAGCAGUUCAUCUACACAAGAUAGGUAAAAUGAAGACCAGAACUCUCUAUGCAGAAAUUAUUUUCAGCCUUUCACCAAACAACAAUAUUUCAGAUGCAUUUAAAAAGUUUGGCAUUUCAGACAGUGACACAGCAGUACUCAUUGUUCUGAUUGUGGACAGAGAAAAAACUGUAAAUCUGGAAGAUAUAGCAUCUCAGGUAGAAGGCCAACAGGUUUCUCUAGAUGAACUCCCCCAACUAACAGACACUGCCAAAGUUAAAAAGAUGUACAAAGUUACUCCGCAGGAGGAAAAAAUCGGCACCUUAUUGGAUAGUAUUGUUUGCAGAAUGUCAACAAAAGAUGUUUUAUGAAAAUGUGGAAAUAAAUUUUUUUUAAAGGAAAAAGAGGGCUUUUUAAGAUGUAAAAACACUUCAUUGCAAUUCAUUCUGCGUUUCAGAGAAAGUGGUGUAGUACUGAGUAGUUUGAUGACAUCUGAGCUUUAACCAUAAACGAGCAAGCUUGGAUAUGGGGGUAAUCUGAGCUAUAUUCUAAGCACAGAGAGCAAUUCUGCCGUGCAAAGCAGAAUUUGCCAUUGGCAUUUCUGUCCACUUUCUUAACGAGAAAAAAAUCACUUUUGCCAGUACCGUAAGUUGAUCAUAAACAGAAGGCUUGGAAAUCUACUUAAUUUUCUCUAUCAUCAAAUGUUUUGCUAGUUCCCAGAUAGGAUUCAAACAUUGUAAAUCAUUUUUAUUAACCCUUCCCUGAUCUGUUUUGGUUUGGCACCCAUGAUGGGUGAUAUCCUUUUAACGAUACUACUGCCAGAAAAGGUAUGAAUACUAUGGCACGAAGUAUUGCUGAUGGACUAGAAAAAGGAAAGUUUCCAUAAACUAUCAGCAGCGCCUCCCUCUUUCUGCUAAUGAGAUAGAGUCGCUCCCCACCUUUUGGGAACAGGAAGGGGCGGGAGGGGCACCACGGCAGCCAGCGGUGGGGACAGUGUGGAGCAGGGGCGUCAGAGGUGUGCAGAACAAUGAAUAAGGCCAGAAUGGAUGAUGCUAUGGUCGUGUUAGCACCUGACAAUCUGAUGUCAUCAGAUGCAGCAUACUGCUGAGAUACUUGUGUGUUGCUGUGGUACCUUAGUGUUGGCAUUAAAGGACAGUGAGAGGUGCUUUUACUUUAUAACACUGAAUUAUGCAUGGUGAUGCUGGCUUUCUAGGGCCUGGUUCCAGGUGCAGAAUUCACAGAGAAAUUUGCACCAGAGAUUUAUUCACUUAAAUUGUCGAUAUAACUUACAUAGCAUUCUGAAAGGAUCGUUGAACUCAUUUUGUUUGGUUGAACCAGUGUCAGGAAAGGCCAUCAAAGGGAACUAAAAAGAACAUUGAUUUCCAACAGUCACCAGGUCCAACAGCCCUGCAUGAGUAUCAUUUAAUCACAUGCGGCAUCCUGUUUAAGAAAAAUUACUGUCCUAAUUAGGUAGAAAUCCAUACUGUUGGUUAUUGUUAUGCUGGUUUGAUUUUGGUUAAUUCUUUCCUCAAUUAAAACACAGUACAAAUACUGGCCUUUUCUUACCAACCAAAUCAAUGGCAAAAUACUUAUCAAGUACCAAGGGAACUACAAGGUUUAUCAAAAUAAAUGAUUCAGGAGAAAUGGUUGUGCUGAUUUCUUGGUUUAAAGAUGGCUUUACAGAAUGUUUCAUUCUCUCUAAAGGGAAAUGUGAGGCAGUAGUAAAAAAUGGAGCUUGGAAGGGCUCGAGUCUUUUGAAAUAAGAUGUGCGUAACAUCAGCAUGUGAGAAUGACCAUGGAAAAUAAAAGACUUGUUUUCCUUUUC